CCUCAGACGGCCCUGCCCCCGCCUCGGCGCGCGCGGCGCGAGACCGACUUCCGGUGACCCCAGCGCGACGCUGUUGAGUCAUUCGGUCCCCAGCUGCGAGUCGCUGUCGAAAUUUCCGUAUUCCCGCGGCCCCAGGCAGCAAUAAAGCAGCCUUUCGCAAGGCUGAAUUAUUACGCGGCGGCGGGGACGCGCGGCGCGAAACAACGCGCGGCGCGCCCGCUGUAAGCCCUCGGAAGCGCGGCUAGACAGCGCCAGCCCGCGGGCACCCCGCGGCGCCCUCCGACCCGGCCCCCCCACGCCGGCCGAGCUCAGUGACCAGCACUCAAAACCGGCCGAGCUCAGCGAACAACAAUGGAGGAGGACUGGGACGAGGACUUGUUUGAAGACGGCACGGUCGCCUGGGCCCGGCCCUGGGACCGGCCCUGGUGGCCCGCGGUCCUCUUUUCGAGCUGGGACGCGGCCCGGAACUGGACGCCGCCGGCCGGCCGGACCAAAAUUAGAGUCUUAGGACGGCCGGAACCCUUACAGGACCACGAGGCCCUCGGUUAUCUCCUCGGAGACGGCUCGCUGCAGGUCUUCGACAAGCGGACUUAUGAAGUGCAGGACUGGGACUACAUCAGUCCCGAAGCGGUAUUGGCGACAACAUUAUCCAAUCGGCACUGCGACUCUAGUGACGACGAGUCCGACGACGGCGAAGAACGGGACCCGCUGCGGAAGGCCUUUGUGCACGCCGUCGCCGAAGCUCACUUGGCGUUACCGUUGUGUGGUCGCGCGCCGGACGCAUCAAGGCGGUUUAUAGAUAACACGCCGCGGCGCGGCCGCUGGCCCGCGAAAAAAAAAUCGAGGGUCAAGAAGAGCUAUCGGCGGGUGAACACGAAGCCGAACAACGCCUUCGACAUCUUCCGCGUGCCCGGCUACGUCUUCUCGCCGAAAACAAAGCCGAAGGCGUCUCGGCCGCCGAGUCAGCGCCAGGCGUCGCCGCGCAUGCUGGACGUCGCGGCGCCGGAGCCGCGCCGCCUGCCGCCCAAAAAACGGGGCCGGCCCGCGGGCAAGCGGCCGUCACAAUUGGCACAGCUCGUCAAGCGGCCGUGCCGGGACCGGUCGCCGUCGCCGGAACCGAUUGUCCUGCAGCCGUCGUCGAAUGGGCGGGUCCGAGCGGCACCUCUGAAACUAAGAGAAGCCGCGCUCGAGGUCGACAUCGACGAGGCCGCGGAGACGCAGAAACGGCGCUACCGGUCGCCGCCUGCGAUCGUCACGUCGUCGAAGCGGAAGCCGGGCCGGCCGCGGUCGGGCAAGACGCUCUGGGCCGUGGGCGACCGCGUCUUCUCGAGGGUGCCGGGCGUGGGCUGGGUCCACGGCGUCGUCGAGGGUGUGGUGGUUGGGCGGAGGCUCACGGACGACACGGUCACGAUUCUCGGGGAUGAUGGUGUCACUCGGGAUGUCAGGGCGCCUUUGGCUCGCAAGACGGCGCCGGCGUUCAAGGCCCACCGCGUCGUCUCGCCGCCGGGCUCGUCGAACGAGGACUCGUCGUCCAAGGUCUCCGACGAUUCUUCUUCUAGAAGCUCGGAGUCGAUGGAGCGCUGACUGUCUCAUAUAUCUCCUUGCGCGCGAGCGCUUGUUCUAAGAUCACCGUUUGAU